AUGAUUCAAGCUGGAACGUCGGUCCAAGAAGCUUACAAUCGUGGUGUCCAAGAACUCCAGUCGGCGAAUGUGGUUGAACCAGAAGCGUCCAUGCCUCAGCUACUGGCGAGUGCACUAAAUUUGGAUUGGGAAACUGGAUAUCGAACUGUCCUGCAACCACAGACGCUGAGGCAGAAAUUGACCAAGGAGCAGGCCAGUACCUUGUCCAAGCUUCUCGAACGAAGGCUGAAUCAUGAGCCCGUUCAGUAUAUCUUGGGACAGUGGGACUUUUUGGAUUACGUCGUGGCAAUUCGACCUCCUCUCCUUUGUCCACGACCAGAAACAGAGGAAUUGGUUCAGCUGGUUGUUCAGGAUGCCAAGAAGAUGAGAAUAGAAACUGGGAAGGAGCAGCUGAAGAUCUUGGAUGUUGGCUGCGGUACUGGUGUCAUUGGUAUUUCCUUAGUGGAUCUGCUUCAUGAUGCCAAGGUCCAUGCCAUUGACAUAGACCCAAUUGCUGUGGAAACGAGUUUGGAGAACGCGAGACGUAUUCUGAGCGAAAGCACAGUUGAUAGGUACCAGUGCAGCUUGACUCCUGUGGCAGAAUAUUUCAUCGAGUCGGACGAGGACCCCUAUGAUAUGCUUGUCAGCAACCCGCCGUACAUUCCCACGAGUGAUUAUAACGAUUUAUCACCGGACGUCAUUAACUUUGAAUCCAGGGAUGCCUUGGAGGCCGGAGAAGAUGGAUUGGCUGUGAUUAUAGAUAUCAUAAAAGGCAUGAGAAGAUGGUGUAAGCCUGGUGCUCCCUGUUGGAUGGAAGUAGAUCCGACACACCCCAAGUUGAUAGAAGAACUGCUGACAUCGAGCGACAAGAAGGUGGCAGAAUGGGGUGUUGAAUUUGUUUCUUCUCACAAGGAUAUGUUCGGAAAGGAUCGCUUUAUCAAACUACAAUUUGAGGAUAAGAAGGAUUAA